UUGCACUCAGUGGAAUUUGAGAAGGGUAAUAUUGUCAGUGCGGUGCCCUAGCAGGGUAAUAGCACACGCAAGAAAGAGGAGCCGCGGUGGAAUCGUAAUUGGUCUGUCUUAGCAUAUUCUUUUCUGGUUUGAGAAUUGAGAGAGAGAGAGAGAGAAAUUCUUAACUGUUUUUUCGGUGAAUUGAUCUGAGAGUGAAAGAAGAUGGGAGUUCCAGCGUUCUAUAGAUGGUUGGCGGAGAAAUAUCCGAUGGUGGUUGUGGAUGCGAUCGAGGAGGAACCGGUGGUUAUCGACGGCGUUCAAAUCCCGGUCGAUACGAGUAAUAAGAACCCUAACAAUAUCGAAUACGAUAACCUCUACCUCGACAUGAACGGUAUCAUUCACCCUUGCUUCCAUCCCGAGGAUAGGCCAUCUCCGACCUCUUUUGAUGAGGUGUUUGAGUGCAUGUUUGACUACAUUGAUAGGCUAUUUGUCAUGGUGCGCCCUCGGAAGCUGCUCUAUAUGGCUAUUGAUGGUGUUGCACCAAGGGCUAAGAUGAAUCAACAACGGUCUAGGCGGUUUAGGGCAGCCAAAGAUGCAUCUGAUGCGGCUGCUGAAGAAGCAAGGUUAAGAGAGGAAUUUGAGAGGGAGGGCAGAAAUCUUCCUCCUAAAGAAGAGUCCCAGGUUUUUGAUUCAAAUGUCAUCACACCUGGAACUGAAUUUAUGGCUGUUUUGUCAAUUGCGCUUCAGUACUAUAUUCAUCUUAGGUUGAACAAUGACCCUGGUUGGCAAAAUAUUAAGGUUAUUCUUUCUGAUGCAAAUGUUCCUGGUGAAGGGGAGCAUAAGAUUAUGUCCUAUAUCCGCCUGCAGAGAAAUCUUAAAGGUUAUGAUCCAAAUACGCGACAUUGCCUGUAUGGUUUGGAUGCUGAUUUGAUUAUGUUGGCUUUGGCCACCCAUGAAAUCCAUUUUUCAAUUUUAAGAGAGGUUGUGUUUACUCCUGGACAAGACAAAUGCUUCCUCUGUGGUCAGAUGGGUCAUAUGGCUGCAGACUGUGAAGGAAAGGUAAAAAGGAAGGCAGGGGAGUUUGACGAAAAAGGAGAUGCUAUUGUGGCUAAAAAGCCCUACCAGUUCCUAAACAUUUGGACUCUGAGAGAAUAUCUGGAGUAUGAGUUUAGAGUACCUAAUCCUCCUUUCAAGAUUGAUUUUGAAUGCAUGGUGGAUGAUUUUAUCUUCAUAUGUUUUUUUGUUGGCAAUGAUUUCCUUCCACAUAUGCCUACGCUUGAGAUUCGGGAGGGUGCAAUUAACUUGCUGAUGGCCGUCUACAAGAAGGAAUUUAAGGCAAUGGGUGGUUAUUUAACCAAUGGAAGCAAGCCAAAUUUGAGCAGGGUGGAGCACUUUAUUCAGGCUGUUGGAUCUUAUGAAGAUAGGAUAUUCCAGAAAAGAGCUCGAUUGCAUCAGCGACAAGCGGAAAGAAGAAAGCGUGAGAAGGCACAAGCAAGAAGAGGAGAUGAUGCUGAGCCUCAAUUACAACCAGAGUCUCUAGUUGCAGUUUCACGAUUCCAGGGUUCUCGUCUUGCAUCAGCUCCAACACCUUCACCAUUUCAACAAUCUGGGCGUUAUGAUCCCCUCGUGUCCAGUUCAGCUAGAAAAGACAAUAAAGAUGCCUUUGAGAGGCCUCCUAAAGUUGCUAGGAUAUCAUCAGGAGCAACUGUUGCUGCUGCUAUUGUUGAAGCCGAAAAUAAUCUUGAAAUAGAAGUUCAAGAUAACAAAGACGAAUUGAAAACAAAACUGAAGGAGAGACUUCGUGAGAAAUCUGAUGUAUUCAACUCGGAGAAUGCUGAAGAGGACAAGAUUAAGUUGGGAGAUCCAGGCUGGAAAGAGAGGUAUUAUGAGGAAAAAUUUUCUGUUAAAACUCCUGAGGAACUUGACAUGAUACGGAAAGAUGUUGUCUUGAAAUACACUGAAGGCCUAUGUUGGGUGAUGCACUAUUAUUAUGAAGGUGUCUGUUCUUGGCAAUGGUUUUAUCCUUAUCAUUAUGCACCUUUUGCUUCUGAUCUUAAGGACCUUGGUGAGCUUAAUAUUAGCUUUAAUCUGGGUACCCCAUUCAAACCAUUUGACCAGCUUCUAGGCGUUUUUCCUGCUGCAAGCUCUCAUGCACUUCCUGAGCCAUAUAGAAAACUAAUGACAGAUCCGAACUCACCAAUUAUUGAUUUUUAUCCAGUUGACUUUGAAGUGGACAUGAAUGGCAAACGUUAUGCUUGGCAGGGUAUUGCAAAGUUGCCUUUUAUUGAAGAAGCCCGUCUUCUUGCGGAAGUUCGGAAAGUUGAAAACUUGUUAACAGCAGAGGAAACACGAAGAAAUGCUAUAAUGUUCGACUUGCUUUUUGUGAAUUCUUGUCAUCCGCUCUCCGCAUGCAUAAGUACACUUGACAACAAAUGUAGAAAUAUGUUGGGCAGUGAACGUGCUAAGGUCAAGGAAAAAAUAAAUCCCAAAGAAAGGGAUACAUGCAGUGGUGGAAUGAACGGGUACAUAUCUUUAUGUGGUGGAGAACCUUGCCCUCCUAUCUUCAGAUCUCCUGUUGGAAGCAUGGAAGAUAUCAUGGACAACCAUGUAAUAUGUGCAAUAUAUAUACUCCCAGAUGCACAUGAGCACAUUGCCCGACCGCCACAGGGAGUUAAAUUUCCGAAAAAGACUGUGACAAUUGGGGAUCUGAAACCUGAACCUGUUUUAUGGCAUGAAGAUUCAGGUAGGAGGAGACACGCUGAAAACGGGAGGUAUGCUGAAAACGGAAGGUAUGCUGAAAAUGGGAGGAAUAACCCUCCAGGAUCUAUUUCUGGUCGUGAGCUUGGAGAUGCAGCACGCAGACUUGUUGUCAAUUCCUUACAAGCAAAGGUUGACGGUAAUGGACACCGUUAUCCGAUUAAUGGACCCCCAAGGGCUUAUGCUGCUCCAAUGGGUCAUCGACAACCAUUGCCUCCCUAUAAUUAUGAAUCACGCCCGGGAUACGUUGGAAUGCCGCAUUCUGUAGCAACUCCUCCAAUCCAAGGUCAACCACAUUUUGUGCCUCACGCUGCUGUCCCUACUCCUCAGCAGUAUGGUUAUAAUCAACCAUACUCGCCACCGAUGGUCUACAAUCCUCAUCAUCAAUCAAAUUCUUAUGAAAGAAAUGACUAUCAACAGCCUGGAGUACAUCCUUAUGAAAGAAAUAACUAUCAACAGCAUAGAGCACAUCCUUAUGAAAGAAAUAACCUUCAUGGUAGUGAGGGAAAUGCAAGGCAUGGAUUUCAAUCAUCAGGAAAUAAUCAGAAUGCUAGGUUUAUGAGUAGGCAAGGUAGUCAUCAUCACGAAGUUGGUCAUCACAGCCAAAACAUCCAACCACCUAGAGCUUCUCACCAGAGUUGGGCUCCACGGAAUAACACCAGUAGCCACAGGGAAUAUGGUCAACAUUCGGCCAAUCAGUAUUCUCUAUUAGGAAACAGGAAGCCAAUGCCACCACCUGGUUAUAAUCGGAAAUAAAGUCAUUUACUCUAGGGAAUAUUCUACCCCUCGAAAUUAUUGUGUUGUACAAUAUCUUUUCCCAUUUAGUUGAAGUUUGAUGGUUGUAGUAUCAUUUUCUGUUCACUGUCCGAAUAUCUAGUCUAGUCAAGUCAAUUACCUGCAAAUUUUUUAGUGAAUAGAUGAAAUAGAUUAGUAAUAAACCCCUAUAACACAGGUUUGAUAACAUUUUUUAAUUUGAUAGGCCAUUCAAUUGUGUUGUAUGGUACUUGAGGCCCAAAUUUAUAUAUCUAAAG